GAAGGAAGGCAAAGAGAGGCUCGACUACUGACUAGUCCGUACUAGCAGCGAGUGGGGAGGCGCUGACACCUCACCGGCCGAACCCAACCGCAAAGUAGGCACCGCCCCGUCCAAACCGCCGCGCGCGCGAGGCCGCAACCGCCGGAGCCGCCUCCCUCCCUCCCUCCCUGCCUGCCUCUGCCUCCGCCCCAUCGCCGGCGAUUCCGACCGCGCCACAUGACCAGGAACCACACCCCGAAGUCGCUCGCCGUCCUCCUCCGCGCCCGCAUGCACUCCGAUCCCCUCCCCUCGCCCCCGCCGCAACCGUCCCCUCCUCCACCCGCCAACCCCGACCCUGCCGCCCCUCUCGCCGCCUCUAUGCGCCACUGGCUCCACGCCUCCGCCUCCAUGGCCUCCCCGCCCCCCGCGGCGCUCGACCACUUCUCCGACGGGUACCGAUCCCUCGACCGCGGCGGGCGCCGCGAGGUCCUCCGCUCCCUCGCCACCGACUACGACGUGCCCCGCGCGCGCGUCCGCGACCUCAUGCGCCAGUACAUGAGCGUCGCUUCCGCCGCGGCGGCAGGCGGGGAUGAGGCGGAGGCGGAGGAGGAGAAGGAAGGCGCCGCGGCGGCGCUGUACCGGAUGGAGAGGGGGCUCCGGGACGCGCUCCGGCCCAGGUACGCCGGGUUCCUCGAGGCCAUGAACGCGCAGCCCGGAGGGCUCAAGCUCCUUGCCGUGCUCCGUGGCGACCUCCUUGCCUUGCUGGGGGAAGAGAACGCGCCGGCUCUUCGUGCACUGGAUUCGUACCUGAAGGAGAAGCUCGUAACGUGGCUAAGCCCCGCGGCACUGACGCUCCACCAGAUAACCUGGGAUGAUCCGGCCUCCUUGCUAGAGAAGAUCGUGGCAUAUGAAGCUGUGCAUCCAAUCAGGAAUCUGAUAGACUUGAAGAGACGAUUGGGUGUCGGCCGUCGUUGCUUUGGGUACUUCCAUCCAGCAAUACCAGGGGAGCCCCUGAUUUUCAUUGAGGUUGCUUUGCUCAAAGAUAUGGCUACAUCUAUACAGGAGGUCUUGUGGGAUGACCCCCCGACUCCUGAAUGUGAAUCCAACUGUGCACUGUUUUAUUCAAUAUCGUCAACCCAGCCUGGCCUAUCAGGUAUUAAUCUGGGGAAGUUUCUUCUGAAGCGUGUGAUUGACAUGUUGAGAAGAGAUAUGCCUUUAGUACAGAUUUUUGCGACACUUAGCCCAAUCCCUGGUUUCAUGCAAUGGCUUCUUGCUAAGCUGGCCUCCCAAAUAAAAUUGGCAGAGACAGAGUCACGAGAGGUCAAUUCAUUAGGAGGAGCUAGUUCUACUUUCAGAGAAUCCAUCCUUCUCCCCGAUGAAGAGAAGAUGAUUCAUGAUGCCAGUGAUCAAGCUGAUGGAAAACAAGGAAUUGAACUAUUGUUAGAUAUACUGAAAUCAAGUCAGUGGGUAAAGUCUGACAAGUUAUCUGCUGCAUUGAGAUCUCCUCUUAUGCGUCUGUGUGCAAGGUAUCUUGCCAGAGAGAAAAAGCGAGGAAAAGCUCUAGAUGCUGUUGCCAAUUUCCACUUGCAAAAUGGAGCAAUGAUUGAGAGAAUAAACUGGUUGGCUGACCAAUCAGAGAAGGGCAUUCAACAAAGUGGAGGUAUCAUGGUAAAUUAUCUUUACAGGUUAGAAAAUAUCGAAGAGUAUGCACUGUCAUAUUCGGGUACAGGGCUUAUCCAUUCUACACCUAGCUUGUCCCACUAUCUUGAGCCAAAUGAUACGUGAGACGGAACGAAUUUUGCUUCCACCAAGGUAUUAUAUCAGUCAUUGGAUACUUUGGACCAAGAUGAUUUACAAGGAUAGGAUAUUGCACUUCUUCCCCUGUUCAUCAUGGACAUGGCGGGCUCAUAAAAUAGGCUUGUGCUAAUAUAGCUGCCUGCAUCUGUGUUCUAGUUGGUCCUGCAAUAGUUUGUAAGAGGCUGCAAAACUGAUAUCCUAACUUCUUGUGCAUGCCUUUUCUUUUGGAAAAUGUAGCAGAAAUUAUUGCACGGAUGUGCGUAUCAUGCGUGUGCAUGUAGGAAGAAACAUUUCUGACAUAGCUGAGACCAGACUGGUUCAGGGACCUCCAGCAUAUUACGUGCACACUUUUUCUGUUGUUGUUGACA